AUGCCUGUCAACAAAUUAAACACAGGAAUAGCGAAUGACCUCGCAUCAAACGUAUCGGAUCAAGUGGAUGAAUUGCGGGGAAAACUACAUCUUAAAGAAAGAGACGGCAAAGCAUAUUAUGAAGGUUCUGAAGCCUUGAAAACUUCCAACGAAGCUCUUAUUGUUAAAUUACGAGCUGAAAACAAAUAUAAAAGAUUGGCGAUGACACAUAGCAUUCAGGCAGACAAACAUGUGAUUAAGUCAGUAUUUCAAAGUAGAAAAGAAGAACUGUUAUCAAUGCAACGUUGCACAGCUGAGAAAGCUAUAACGGAAAUGGAUCAGAAAACAUGUGAAGCUAUUAAAGUAUUGAAUGAGUUAAAGUAUCAACGAUCACAGAAAGAGAGUUAUCUGGAACAACAACAAAUGAUACUUGGAGAAAUGUUACAAAAUAAUACUGGCGAUGUGGACUUGGCACAUGAAAGAGAGUUUAGGCGCCUACAGAAUGAUCAGGAUAAAUCUAGAAUUAAAUAUGAUGCAGCUAAAAAUAUUACCAGAAGAUAUGAAGAGGUUUUACAGUUUAUGUUGGAGGAAUGUCACCUUUAUCCAAGUAAGCUUGAUCUUAUGGAACAGAUGGCCGUUGAUGCUAGAAAGGAACAUGCCGAAUUAAGAAGAAUGAACAAAAAAGCGACAGCAAGCAAUGAAGAAUCAAAGAAAGAUCUCAUGAACAUGGAAAGAGAAAUGUAUCAAGCCAGAAGGGCUCGUGAUCAACAACUAAAUGAAACAAAGAGGGAAGUGGAAAGGCGCAAAGAACUAGUAGAAAGACCAGAAAAAAGAUCUAAGGUGACGACUCUCUCUGAAAGCAAUGUUCGAACUGGUAAACAGCAAGCCAUGAAGGCAGCUAAACUUGAAAAGAUAUUAACCUUAGAGAAUGCCUUUGAGAAGAUAAAACAAGCCAUCAACGUGUCUGAUAUAAACGAUGUCGUUUUCAGAGUCAGUAAUCAGGACAAUACAACAGACAGGUUAAUACAGCAGAAGGACGAUAAACUCGCCCAAAGAGCUAAACUUGAAGAGGAGUUGGAUAAAUUGAAAAAAAAUUUUGAGGAACUCAAAUUUACAAGCCAAAGACAAGCUGUGAAAUCUCGUCAGUUAGUUGAUAAUAUGGAGGAAUUGGCCCUUACGGAAGAAAAACAACUCGAUAUUGCAUUAUCCGAAAUGUCAAAACAGGAAAAGUUAGUAGUAGAUUUACGGAAUGGAAUAUCAACAUUAUUUGAUAAAUUGAAAGAAAUCAAAUUAAAACCGCCGUAUCAUAAUUUUAGUACUGGAGAUCUAGUGAAUGAUUUAAGCAACUGUGAAAGAAAGUUAGAGUGCCUUACUGAACAGAUUAAUUUUGAGAAGAGUGUCGGUGUAACAUUGAAAAACGCCAAUAACAAGAAGCUUCAAGAGUUUCUCGAGACAAAAUUACCAGCUCAAAAUAUGCGAGUUAAAUUAGAUGUGGAGAAUAUAAGUGAGAGUGAGGACUUUCAUUUUGAUCCUGAUCAAGAUAAUGAUGAAUAUAUUUCUAGAGAAGAUUGUAAAAAAAAGGGUCAAGAUAUAUUACGAACAAAGAUCAAACCCAAAAAACGAAAAGCUAAAAAGGGCAAAAGAAAUUAAAUAU